AGUGCUGCAGGAUGUAUCUUGUACCUUGGAUUCUACAGGCCAGAUCUCUGCCCAGCGCUCUGGCUACUAUGUUCUGUUUGCUGCAGGGAAAGAAAGCUUUGUCACUGAGGCUUCCAAGGCCUGGAUUUCAUCCUUCAUUGUAAUAAUACACAGUACCACAAAAGUCAAAUACUAAAUCACACUCUUCAAACUCUCUGCUAAAUAUGGUAAAAGACUAUGGUCCAAGCAACCAUUCAAUUCAAAUGCUGCAAUUAUUUUUCUAUGAUUAAAGCACAUGCAAUUCAAAUGCUGCAAUUAUUUUUCCGUGAUUAAAGUACGUGCCUUAAGAGACAACUUGAAGUGGCACGAUACAACUUGUUUUGUUGUAAAGGCCCUUUUCAAUGGUUAUAGCUAUGUUCACACUAAGAUUCUCUGCCACCACCAUUGUGACAUGACAUUCAUGAGCAACAACAUGGGUUACUGAGUAUCUAUUUUAAUUACUUCCAAAUUCAUUACAAAGGCAGAAUCUGUUAUCCAGGAUCACAAUACAAUUGUUCUGGCCCUAACACAACCGGGGCUGAAAGAUGGAGCUGUAUGGGUUUCAGAACAGCUGCUACCGCAUCUCUUUACACUAUCGCAGUUGGUCUCAGGUUAACACCUCUCCUCUGAUCUCACCUGAGACAACUGCUGAUGUUUCUUUUGCAUCUACUUGAAGUCAUGUCUUUGGUUGAUUGCCACUGCUAAUUAACUCUGUACUUUAUACCAAACAGAACACAAAGAGUACAAGGCUAGUCCACAACCUGUUAAUGAUUUACCAAAAUGCAACUUUCUCCUUCUUAUUAGAGAAGUGAAUGACAUUUGAUUUGAAAACAGUUGGUUUGUAUGUUUAGAUUCCUAGCAAGAACUUAUCAAUGAAUGUUCCAUAUUUCUCAGAACUACAUCUUCAAGUUUAAUUCUGGAUGACUGAAACCAAAAACAAUGGCUUUAAUAUUCCUGUAUAUGCUGUGCAUAAAGACACCUCAAGGGAAAGCAACAGACAUAAAAGUUAUACAAGUACAUAAGCCUUCAGAUUAACAACUCAAUAGAACUGUCAGAAGUCCCUAGUACUGCAAAACCAAAAGCCAAAUAAACAAACAAAUACAAAUUUUUCUUUAACUUCAUAGGAACAAGAGCUAAACAUUGCUGGAAACUGUGCAACACUCAGAUCUGUCCCAGAUUUUGCACUACUAUUAACUGCCCAUUACCUAGUAGCUCUUCUUUUGGUUGAAUUAUUGUUUUCUUUAUAGCUUUACAAUGCUUAUAUAAUAUCAUUUAGAAAUUUUCUUUUAUAGAUCUCAGUUUUUGAACCCCUGAAGCGAUUUUGAUCACCUAAAUUAAUACAUAUCCCAGAAGUAAGGAAACCAGGCAGAUAGUUCAGCUGUAAAAUAGAUUAUCUAAUUAAAACAUCCCUUUAUAUAAUAUAAUUAUGCCUGAUUAUUUCAUUCUAAUUGUAGAGGAGGGAAACCUGUACUUCAGACGAAGUGUCAUUAAUAAAUAAAUAAAACCAGUAACUCUAGAUUCCCACCUGUAUCAAUAUACAGUGACAUCAACUUGAUUCUGAAAUUCAGCUCUUUUAGGCUUUUGUAAACCAUCUUUCAACAGGAUUAGCAUCACUUUUGUUGUCAGUGUUGAAUUUCAAACAUUAAAAUAUCCCUUCAUAAGCUAUAAUAGUGAACCCACUGUAACAAUGAGCUCACUUAUGAGAUCGUAUUUUAAUAUAAUACUAAUGCUGACUGCUUUACUACUGUUAAAACAGUUUGGCAUGCUGUAUGCUAUGGCAGAGUGAAUGAGGCAAUCUGAUGCCAUUCUUUGAGCAUUUGGGGCUUGUAUUUUAACCCAAUGCCUGAAUUAGACAUAUUUUGAGCUUGAGUAUUGUAUGUUCACCUUGAUCUUGCCAUUUUCCUCUACUUCAUUUCAGUUUCCUCAUUUGCAUUAGAUUUUACUAAUUAGUGUUGUAUGGCAAGUAAAAAAAUUAAACCAAGUAAGCAGUUCCAUAAGCAGUGUGUAAGAGCAAGCAGAAGUGAAGGAAGCCUACUAUAAAGUGACAUCUAUGGCACUAUCACAGAGGUCUAAAAAAAACCCUUUUCACUAGAAAUAAAAAUGUGAAAAGGAACCAGUAAGAAAACCCUCUGUGAAAAUUCAUAUCAACUUGAGAUGAUCAAAAAGGAGAAAAUACACAGAGUGCAAAAAGGUAUCUACAAGGAUAACAGCUAUUUCAGGAUGAUUCUGUGGAAAAUAGUCUGUGCUUCAUUCCCACUGCCACUGUCUGCAAAUGCAAAUCUCAGACAAAAAGCAAUAUGAGUAUAUGGUACUGAACAAAAAAGACAAAUGGAAAGAACACCGAAAGAUUUGAGAGCAGCUCUUCCACUUGUACAAAUCAGCACUGUUCAAUUUGUCUGAUUAGAUAAUACUAAUUUGCAGCAGCCCAUGGUUCUUAGAUUUAACAGGAAAGUGUUUUUCCAGAUUACUAUAAAUGGUUUUCCUACUGAAAGAGAUAGAGGAGAACAUUAUUUCAUUACUAAACAGCUGAUGUUUGGGAUUAAAGGUAAGUCUGAUUAUUCCUGAUUAAUGCCACCUUCUUUUGCGCACAUAAGAGGUAGCAAAAAAAGGUAAAAGUAUCAUUAAAUGAUGUCUGGUUUUUCAUGUUAAUUAUACCUUGUAUUUCUCUAUCUAAAUUCAGACAAACUGGUGCUAUCAAACAAUUGCUAUGCUUGAUACUUCCCUCACUGCUAUUAAACCAAUCAGGACUAAAACCACUGUAGUCCCUUAACUUACACCGAGGCUUAGCUAUAUAACUGCUCUACUCCACAGCAUAAUUUGUUACUUUUGCUACUAUAAAAUAAACUCCAUGUUUGGGAUACCAUGCUAUUUCCAGUCAUUAAAAAAUAAAACAAUGCUUAUGUAUUAGGAGAACAUUACUUUAAAUAUCAUAAUAGACUGUUAUGCAAUAAACUGUAAUCAAAAUGCAUGUGUUUUUACGGAAUUUUGUCUACAUAAACCCCCUUAAAGAGAGAAAUAGAUUUUUGAUUGAGAAGGAAAACUUCGUAUCUGCUGUCCCCUAUUUUAUUAAAGCUUUUUUUUUUCCCCAAAAAUUAAUGCUCUUGAAAUACAUAAUAAAUCCCUACUUAUUUAUACCUACGAUUUUAAUUUCAUGUUAAGGAAAUAGUGGUGAGAGUGUGUGUUGUAAAGUGUACAUAAAUCUGUCUCCACUCUUACAGUCUGAUUCCUAUAACUUUGAGUAAGUCUAUUAUUGAUUUCACAUAAUUUAAAAUAUUCAGAAUAGGUUAUUAAGUUGGCCGUCUGAUUAUAAAUAAUCUUCCAAGAAAUACAGACAACAAGGUAAGCUUAUUCAGCAUUACUUAGUUUCAGAGUUUUGCUGUCACUGAAGGCACUGGUUUCAGUUCUACUCCUGACUAGGGACAGCACUGUAAUGUAGAAAAUGAUCAGGAAAUAUGAAAUGAAACUUACUGUGGAAAGACUACCCCAAACUACAGCAUGUUUUCCUUAUUUUAGUGACAAGGUAUCUUCGUGAGAAUGACACACUGUCACCUCUGAUCCUUCAUCUCCAACUUCCUUUAUACCUUCCAAAGGAUCAAGAGACUUACGGAAACCAAACGACUUUCUUUUUAUAAGGAUUUGACUGCUGGAGUCAUCUUCCAAUGAGUCUUCGAGGUCCAGAGGUUAAAUGAAAAUCUUUAGCAUACUGAGAAACUGAAAGGCUAUGUUUUGAUGGCAGAAUUGUUUAAAAUGAGCCUCACAGACAUUCUAAGCCCUUCUGAUAUUGCUGCUGCUCUGCGGGACUGCCAAGCUCCAGAUUCCUUUAGUCCCAAAAAAUUCUUUCAGAUCAGUGGGAUGUCUAAAAAGAGUAGCAGCCAGCUCAAGGAGAUCUUCCGGAUUCUCGACAAUGAUCAAAGUGGCUUUAUUGAGGAAGAUGAGCUCAAGUAUUUCCUUCAGAGGUUUGAGUGUGGAGCCAGAGUGUUAACAGCUUCAGAAACCAAGACCUUCUUGGCAGCUGCAGAUCAUGAUGGGGAUGGUAAAAUUGGAGCUGAAGAAUUCCAAGAAAUGGUGCAGUCUUAGAGGUUUAAGAGGACCAAACAAGCCAGAAUUGAGAUGAAUCUGCACAACACACUCCAAACCCUUGAAAUUUAGGAGUGCCUUAUUUAUCUUGACA